AUGCCGUCGAUGCAAGAGCGCUACACGACUGAAUUGCGCGAUCGCGAUCCAAACACUGUUGAUGUGCUUUUUCUUGACAACUCCGAGGGAGCUGAGAUCGCCGGUCUCUCCGAUCAACUUACUAAUUUGACGUCUUUGAGCAUGGUCAAUUGCCAGCUCAAGUCAUUCAAGGGACUGCCAUCUCUUCCAUCGCUUAACCAUCUCGAUGUUUCGAACAACAAUCUUGGAGAUGAUGCCGGAUUCGAUGUUCUCUUGAAGAACGCUCCAGAGCUCGAGCGUCUCAUCAUGCCAAUGAACAACUUCACUUCGAUUGACGCGUUCCGCACAUUGAAGAUGCUUCCGAAACUGAUCGAGCUCGACAUUAGCAACACCACCAGUCUCGGACAAACUGAAUCUUAUAGAGACAAGAUCUUCGAGAUGAUUCCAACACUCAAGGUUCUUGAUGGAUGCAACGCUGCCGGCGAAGAAGUUGAAGAGGAAUACAUGGGAGAGGCUGGCGAAGAUAGCGGAGACGACGACGACGACGAGGACAGUGGAGAUGAUGUGGACGGACCAGGACUCAGCUAUUUGGAUAAGAGCCAAUUCUCUGAUGAUGAAACUGAUGACUACAAGCCGAAAGAUGAAGCCGAGGAGGAGACUCGCGGAACUAAGAGAAGCGCUAAUGGUGACGCUGGAGCAGAGCCAGAGGCUAAGAAGGCCGCCGAUGCUGAGAGAAAAACGGUAUCGAUUUUCAAGCAGCCUGUCACGCAGGUAUCAACGGCGCGUAAGGAGUCAAGAGUGUUCAAUGAAGACCAAAUUAAGAGAAAACCGACGAAAAAGAACGAGAAUAGACCGUUUCAGGCAAUGUGGGCGAAAUCAUUAAGUGGACUUCGUGCGUUGAUUCCGGUAGCGGUUGGCGACAAAAUCGGAGAUGUGGAGAAGUCGGAGUUCCUUGAGGAGACGCUCCAUCUUGCUGGAAGGAUACGACCAGCGCUGGAUGUGAUUGAUGAACAGGCGACAGCGGCUUCUUUAUGCCAUGUUCUACAUCAUCCGCAUUCUCAUGGGCAAGUAACUUUUGGCCAAGUUGCUGAUAAGAAGAGCCUUGAGCAUGAUUUUGUUGCGAAUGUGACGUCGGAUCAGCCAAUGAUUGAGAGAAUUUCGAUCAGUCAACUCAAUGAAGACAUAAUUGCUCAAGAAAAACGCGUGUUGGAUUGUCGAAAGCGCCUUCAAGAAGUCAUGAAGCAUUUCGGAUAA